GCCCCGGCCUCGGCCUCGGCCCCGGGGGCAGUCGCGCCAGCGAGCGGUGGGGCAGGAGCUCCUGGAGUGGCAGCCCCUGUAAGAGCGAUGACGGAGUACAAGCUUGUGGUGGUGGGCGCUGGAGGUGUGGGGAAGAGCGCCCUGACCAUCCAGCUAAUUCAGAACCACUUUGUGGACGAGUAUGACCCCACCAUAGAGGACUCCUAUCGGAAGCAAGUGGUCAUUGAUGGAGAGACGUGCCUACUGGACAUCUUAGACACAGCAGGCCAGGAGGAGUACAGUGCCAUGAGGGAUCAGUAUAUGCGCACAGGGGAGGGCUUCCUCUGUGUGUUUGCCAUCAACAAUACCAAGUCCUUCGAAGACAUCCAUCAGUAUAGGGAGCAGAUCAAGAGGGUUAAGGACUCGGACGAUGUGCCAAUGGUGCUGGUGGGAAACAAGUGUGACCUGGCUGCACGUACUGUGGAGUCUCGGCAGGCCCAGGACCUUGCCCGCAGUUAUGGCAUCCCCUACAUUGAAACAUCAGCCAAAACCCGGCAGGGCAGCCGCUCUGGCUCUGGCUCCAGCUCCGGGACCCUGUGGGACCCCCUCGGGACCCAUGUGACCCAGCGGCCCCCCAUGCUGGUGUGGAGGAUGCCUUCUACACACUGGUGCGUGAGAUCCGGCAGCACAAGCUGCGGAAGCUGGCCCCGCCAGACGAGAGUGGCCCCGGUUGCAUGAGCUGCAAGUGUGUGCUGUCCUGACGCCAGGCUCAGAACGUGGAGGUGCCGGAUGCGAGGAGGAGGUGCAGACGGAAGGAAGGAAGGAGGAGGGAAGGAAGGAAGGAAGGAAGGAAGGAAGCGAUGCUGGAGCCUGACCAGCCCAGGGACGAUGGAAAGAGGUGGCCAAGACCCUCACUGGACGCUUUGCACAGACUGUCAUGAACUGUCUCUGUCGCCACUGGCACCUCAGCCCUUGACCCUCCCAGCUCCCUCUGGGUUCCUAUUGGGUGCAGGUUGAAUCACAGUAAAUUAUUUGAUGGUCUUGA